GUUUGUUUACAAAAAUCUCAUGACUGUAGGUCGAAGUCACAGGUCUGUGACUCUGUGAAAAAAUUUAGCGAUGAAACGGCCAGGACACUCCGUGGAUUGAUCUAAUUCCUCGUCAGCUGCUGAGAAUCAAUGCAUUUCGCUGUGCGUCCUCUUGAUUGAAAGAAGUCAUGCUGGAGUCGUCGAAGAAGCAGCGCCGCGCGAAUCUGCCGUUGCUGUCGGUGACGCCGGCGCCGUCCAUGUCGUCGUCGGCGUGCUCAAUGCCGGAGCCGGCGGCGCCGCCGCCUCCGCCGACCAACCAGCGGAGCCGCGGCAGUUCUCUCGGCUCGCUCAAGAUGUUCCUGAGCCACUCGCCGACGGCCUCCCUGCUUCACCUGCCCACCUUCGGCUCGCCGGCCGGCGACUCCGGACGCCGCUUCAGCUUCAGCCUGCGCCGCUUCUCGUCCCAGACGCUCGCAUCGCCCGACCCGGUCAUGGCGGCUAUCGGCCACAGGACCAUCGUCAACCUCAUCGUCGAUGAUGACUUGCCAGGCUUGCAGGCCCUUCUUGAGUCUAGGAGGGUGAACGUUGACGACCGAGAUGAAAAUGGAACGACUGCUCUCCAAGUGGCAGCCUCUCGAGGCAAAAUAGAAUUUGUGAAGGAGCUGCUGAAUUUUGGUGCUGAGGUCAAUGCCGAAGACCUGGACAACUGGAGCGCCCUGCUCUGCGCGGCCAAGGAAGGCCACACGGAAGUGUGCAACAGAUUGCUGGACGCCGGCGCCACCUUGGAGCACCGGGAUAUGGGCGGCUGGACGGCCCUGCUGUGGGCCAGUUACAAAGGGCGCACUGAGACUGCGGCGCUGCUUUUGGCCCGCGGCGCUGACGUGCACGCCCAGGGGAACUACAAUAUUUCCUCUCUCAUUUGGGCGGCGGGAAGGGGACAUUCCGAAAUCGUGAGAGAACUUCUUGAACAUGGAGCCAAGGCGGUCACAGCUGAUAAGUGCGGAACUUCGGCUCUUGUCUGGGCUUGCAGAAAUGGCAACCCCGACUCUGUGGCCCUCUUGCUGAAGGCCGGGGCCAACGUUGACGCAGUGGGAAUGUAUUCCUGGACGGCUCUUCUGGUGGCCACCUCUGGGGGACACACUGAAGCCGUGGCUCUGAUCCUCAAGGCAAAAGCAAAUAUCAACGUUAAAGACAAAGAUGGCUGCACAUCUUUGGCCGUCGCUUCCAAAGAGGGAUUUGAAGAUAUUGUCAAUGCCCUGCUGAACGAAGGUGCUUACAUUAACGUGCAAGAUAGGGCCGGCGACACGUCACUGAUUCACGCUGUGAAGGGAGGCCAUCGCCCUGUGGUGGAGGCUUUGCUGAAAAAAUACGCCGAUGCAGAUAUCCCGGGAAAAGAUCACAAAACCGCCUUGUACUGGGCAGUGGAGAAAGGAAACGCGGCCAUUGUCAAACUGCUGCUCUCGGCAAACCCGGAUCUUGAAGUGGCCACCAAGGAUGGAGACACUGCGCUCAUGAAAGCUGUCAGGAACAGAAACUCGGAAAUCGUCCAAUUGCUGCUGGAUAAAAAGGCAAAGGUGACGGCGGCUGAUAAAAAAGGCGACACUUGUUUGCAUAUUGCAAUGCGCGCCAGGUCCAAGGGCAUUGUCGAAGUGCUGCUGAGGAAUCCUAAGCACAGUCAGCUCCUCUACAGACCCAACAAGGAUGGCGAAACGCCUUACAAUCUAGACAUGAAACACAGCAAAACCAUUUUAGGCCAAAUGUUUGGACAAAGACGUCUGAAUUCAAGCUCAGAAAACGAAAAGCUUUUGGGGUACGAUCUUUAUGGAACUGCAAUCGCAGACACCCUCAGCGAACCAUUCCUAACCAUGCCCAUAAUUGUUGGACUUUUUGCCAAAUGGGGUAGUGGAAAAUCAUUUCUGCUGAAUAAAUUGAAAGAGGAGAUGAAGGGUUUUGCUCGGCAGUGGGUGGAGCCUACAUUUGCUUUCACGCCACUUUUAUUCCUCUUGGUGCUACACGUAGCUCUUCUUCUGGCAGUGGCCAGUUAUUUGGCAGCCAACUCUUGGAUUGUUGGCUGCUCGGUUGGCGUGGGAUUUUUCAUCGGCUGUUACAUCGUUUUGCUCCUUAUUUGGUACGGAGCUCAAAGAUUGGAUUGGUAUUGGCCAUAUAACACCAGUGUUGCUCUGGCAUAUCGUCUUGCGAGAAUCAAACUUGUUCUGGAAGUUUUGUUCUGUCAUCCGGCAGCCCAAAACCGUGAAAACACAAACGCCAACCCAAUACGAUUCUACUUCAGUGACCAAGCAAAACUUUCGACUACAGCUGGGAGAGAAUCGUCUCUCCUCAACAUGAUUGGCUCUUUGUAUGACGCUCUUGAAAAAGAUUACGGCACCUGGGCUCCGAGACUCUACAGGGCAUUCCGGCCAGAACCAGUCAGGUCUUCAUGGCAGUGGAGAAGACUAUGUUGUUUGCCCUAUUGUGUUCUUUGGCACAUCCUUUUUGCCUGUGGCUUGCUGCUGGCCAUCGGGGUUGGAUUUUGGCUUCGAGCAUCUGCUGAUGCAAACAUCAUUGAAACAUGGACGAUUCAAGCAGCAGUGAUCACUUUAGGUCUAGUCAUCAGUGUGGCUGUAGUUGCAAAUCUAUUCACUGUUGGAAGAGCUUUCCAAAGUCUAGUGCUGUCGCAAAAGAGGCAACUUCUAAAUGCUGUAUCCAAGAGUAAAGGUGAAGGUUUCAUUCACCAGCUGAGAGGAGAAGUUAGCUUAUUGACCAACAUGGUGGAGUGCCUGGACUCAUUUUCCGAGCAACAAACAAGAUUGGUGGCUGUGAUUGACGGUCUUGAUACGGCCGAGCAAGACAAAGUUUUGCAGAUUCUGGAUGCCAUCAGCAUUCUGUUCAAUGAAGCCCACGCACCAUUCAUAGUUCUCCUGGCCAUCGACCCUCACAUCAUAGCACGAUCUCUCGACUCAAACACCCAACGCGUCUUUACCGACGGUCCAAUUUCUGGCAACCUAUAUGUCAGGAACCUUGUGCAUUUGCCGUUCUACCUCCAAAACUCGGCAAUCAACCGCGCCAAGGUGGCCCAGCAGUGGGCAGCUCGCCGACAGGACGACUCAACUGUGACAGUUUCUCGGCGCCUUUCCUCUGAAUCAAGUGGAGGAGACCGACUGAAGGCUCCAGGCAACUCUCGGAAAGGGUCGAGCAGCACCAGACGACUCUGGUCGAGUGAGAGUGUAGCCAGUUCCUUGGCGUCCAAUCUGAACAGGGCAGGAAUGGGCAUGGAGGCAGGUCACAAAGGGUUUCUUCUCACUGACGAUUAUUUUUCGGAUGUCAAUCCUCGAUCACUCAGGAGACUUAUGAAUGUCAUGCACAUAACUGUUCGUCUUUUGAGAUCGUUCCAAAUAGAAGUCAGCUGGUACCACGUCUCAAUCUGGAUUAAUUUAGCAGAGCAAUGGCCUUAUCGUCUUUCCUGGAUGAUUUUGUACAUGGAAGCUUUUGAAGAAGCUCUCGAUGACACUUCCUCACUUAGAAGUGUAUAUGAAAAGGUUAAACCAUAUGUUCCUGCAAGCCGAGAUACUGAACCUCUACUUGAAAUGGACGCGGACGAGAAAAAAUUGGAAAUUUUUCUGGCAAACCACCGCUCGAAUCUGCUCGUCUGCCACAUGCGUCUUUACCUACCCUUCACCAUAAACCUUGACCCCUACCUCAAGAAAGUCAUCAAAGAGGAAAACGUCGGUUUGGAAGAAACUUUUGCCGCUCAAGCCCAACAGCAGGACGGGCCAAGUGUGGCCUCAAAACCUCCAGCCAUCCUCCGCAGGCAGAGAUCUUCACUCCGAACUGUCCAGACCCCCCAGAGUCAAGCAGUUGUCUACCCUCAGAUCCCCCAGCAGAUUCCACCCCAGGCACAGUCUAUCUUGAAUUGGCCCAAUCCUUGGGAACCCCCUGUAAUCAUUCAGCAAAGACCCCCUCUGCCACUGCCAAAUAUCCAAGUAAAUCCGGAGGAAGCCAAGUUGUCUGGGAUGUCAGUCGAUGGAUUUUGCGACUUUUUGAAUUCUGUUGACGACUUGAGUCCAGGAACAGUCACGGCCUUGCAGAAGUCGUUGAAGGAGAACAAUAUUGGUGGUAAGGUCUUGGCGCUGUGUGAACUGAACGAGCUGAAGCAGGUGUUGAAUCUAAACUUUGGAGACUGGGAGAUAUUCAAGUGGUUGGUCAUGUCUUUGCGACAGCAGGAGGUCAAUCCUGUUGAGGAGAAGAGCUAUGUUCGAUUUGCUCCAGUUCAAAGAAAAAGUUCUAUGAGUGGAAAAACUGGAAUGGCCGGUGAUUCAAAAGAGUCAAAAUCAAGAAUUGAUUCUCGGCAGAAGCAAACUAUGCUGGAGAAACAAGUAUCUAUGGAGGAGCAAAUGAUUUCCAAAGCGCUGCGCACCCUGAGCGAGGAAGCCACUGAAGAUGCUAUGGAAGAACCUGGCACUCCCCUUCUUACCACAACCAACUCUCCAGCACAGAUUGACACCCCUGGUAGUACGAGGCGGCUGCUCCGGCCAUCGGACAAGAACAAACGUCCCGUAUCCCUUCUUGUGGCCGCGCCACAGGAUGAGACUGUUCUCUUCCCUGACGUUUCCACCCCUCCUGCCUCUCCUCGCCGCAUUUCUGCCCUGAGACGAGCCGUUGUUCCCUCGAUGACACCAGCCUCAAGCCUGGAGAAAAUCAGGGACCGCAUUCUUCGCUCAAAGGACAAUCAUGACGAACCACCCCUCGGAGCGGACGAGAACACACCUCUUGUUUCUGAAGUCUCUUCCCCUGUUGCAAUUAUCCCUGUCACAAUUGCUUCCCCACCUACUUUGUCUUCUGCUUCCUCAGCACUUUCGCUCUCCUCCCACACGCCUGAACAAUUGGAUGCGAAAAUCAAGGAAAACGGUGAAAAUUUGCCCGAAACACAAGUUUAAAAUAUAGCGGAUCUAACUACUUUUUUUACUGCAAUACUUAUCAUAUCUUUUAGAGGUAGGAGAUUUAAAUUUUGAUCUCUUUUCCAAAUCUUAAACUGUAGACAAAACUUACAUAAAUGUGAUCAAAUAGUUUGUUAUUCAAAAUUUUUGCCAAAUAUAUUUAUCUUCUAAGUGUAAAAUAAUCUGAA